GACGCUGCGAGCUUCAGGUCGGACGCGAGUGUUCGUUCAUUGCAAUGUGGCUUAAUUCAUCUGUUCAUAUCUGAACAGCGGAAUCUAUUCUUUUAUUAUUGAAUCGUUCCAUCGACAGACCCGUUGAGCAGGCCAGUGGAGAGCGGCUCUCGUGGUAUGACUACUACAAACAAGGGAAACAAAGCAUUAAAGGUGAAGCGUGAGCCGGGUGAGAAUGGCACGAGUCUUACAGAUGAUGAGCUGGUGUCCAUGUCUGUGCGGGAGUUGAACCAGCACCUGCGCGGUUUGACCAAAGAUGAAAUCCUGCAGCUGAAGCAGCGGAGGCGCACGCUCAAGAACCGCGGCUACGCUGCUAGCUGCCGCGUCAAACGUGUCACACAGAAGGAGGAGCUGGAGAAGCAGAAGGUGGAACUUCAGCAGGAGGUGGAGAAGCUCGCUUCCGAGAAUGCCAGCAUGAAAGUGGAGCUGGACGUGCUGCGCUCCAAAUACGAGGCCCUGCAGAGCUUUGCCAGGACUGUGGCCCGCAGCCCUGUGGUCGCAGCAAGGGGCCCCAUCACGUCUGUCAUAGGGCCCCUUAUACCCGGCAAGGUGGCUGCCACCAGCGUCAUCACCAUUGUCAAAUCCAAAACAUAA